AUGAAUCAAGCAGGCCAACUCCCUCCUGGCAUGAUGGCCGGAAUGCAAAUGUCCGGUGGUCAAGCGGCGGCGGCAGCAGCAGCGGCAGCCGCUCAAGGAGGAGGAGGAGGACCUCAAGUUGCUCUCGCCCAGAUCAUGGCCAAAAUAAAAUCUCAACCUAUUCCUCAAGGCGGUUGGCAGGCUGAGAUGCCUCUCGGUGAACGUGCCAUGAUAGUUAGCCAGAUGCCUGCUGAUCAUCCCCCCCCAAGUGCUAGUUCAUUGCGCCUAGUUCAGAGUAAUAUGGAAGCCCCGCACGCCGUGAAAAUGGCCGAGGCUUUCGAGGAUCAUACAUUCCGAAGUGCAAAUUCCAAAGCUGAUUACAUUGGCGCCUGUCGGGGGAAGAUGCAGCAGAUCCAAGAAACUCGUAUGCGGAAACAAGCAGAUAAUGAACAACAUCUUCGAGAUCUACAGUUCCUCAGUCGUAACCCUCAGAUGGCCGCCCAACAACAGCAGCAGUUGCUGCUCGCCCAGAGGAUGGGCAUCCAAGCCAACCAGAUGGAACAGCAACAACAGCAAUCUGGAAUGUCCGGUUUAAUGCCCCAGAAUAUCAACAUGGCCGCCGCCAUGGCGAACCCGACGUUACAAGCCCAGAUGGCCAUGGCCGCGCAAGCACAAUCAGGUCUCAUCCAAGGAGGUCCUCAACUCGGCCAACCGCAGCUCCAGAACCCGCUUCACCAGUACCGUGGCAUGCCUAAAGACCAAGCUAUCGAACACCUGGCGCGUACCAUGAUGCAACAGGCCCAGCCGCAACACAUACAGACUAUCAUGGGACAGCUCGGGGGACUGACGGAGGAACAGAAGGCUCAAUGUGAACGUCUAAAAAUAUCGCCUUUAGAGUUGUUCUUCAGGAAUGCCGCUGCGAAGAAACUUCUGCAAAACCAGGCUAUCCCACCUGGUGCUCUGCAGGGUGUACCCGGUGGCGGGAACCCACAGCAGCUUACUCCACAGCAGCAAAUGGCUGCAAACCAGCAGCAGCUCGCAGCACGGCAGCAACAGCUGCAGCAGGCCGCUCAGCAGCAGAGAUUGAUUGCUGCCCAGACUGCGGCACUCGGCAGAGGCCAAAACCUCGGCCAAGGGCAGCAGCCGUUUGAUAAUAAGGCGUUCAUGAGUGACUUCCAAUCAUAUCUCAAGCAGCAGCAGCAGCAGCAGCAACCUGCUGUCACACAGGCCGAAGCUAUGGGGCAAAAGCCUCCACAGGCCAGACCAGGGAUGCCGAAUGUCACCAUGCCACCCGGUUCGGUGCCACCCCAGGGUACUCCGCAGUCUGCCCCUACCCCCCUGCAGCAGCAGCAGCUCAUUCUGCUACAAAGGCAAGCUCAAGCUGCACAGGCUGCUCAGAGGAUCGGGCAACAACCACAGCAACCACAGCCUUCUCCGCAACAACCGCAGCCUCAUCUUGUGGGGCAGCAUCCUUCUCCACAACUAAACUUACUCAAUCAAACACACAGACCUGGUUCUGCUGCCAGUCAGCAAGCGCAAGCUGCCCAGGCUGCUCAAGCGGCUCAAGCCCAGCUUAACCAAGCUAGAAUGGCGGAAUUACAGCAGCGUCAAGCCCAACUACAGCAGCAACAGCAAGCGCAGGCCGCGGGUCUACGUCCACCUGGGAGCUUUACCGUCCCUGCUGGGUUUCCUAUUCAAAAUUUCCGAGAUCUGCCACCAGACAAGUUGCAGCAUCUCAUUCAAAGUUUCCAAGCUAAGCAAGCCGCUCAGGCACAGGCUCAAGCCCAAGCUCUAGCCCAACAGCAAGCUGGUCAGAACUCUGCAAAUCUACUACAGCAACAGCAACAGCAGGCGGCCCUUGAAGCCCAGAGAAUUAGAAAUGGGAUGGGAGGCACAUCGGCACAGCAGAUCCAAGCUGCCCAAAAUGCUUUGUUGCAAAACUUAUCCGGCGGUCAGCCUCUUGGAUUAACCGUCGAACAGGCUCAGAAGCUUCAGGCGCAAAGAGCGGCAAACUUACGAAACCUCCAACUUGAGCAGCAGCAGAAGUUGGGCCUCAAACCUCCACAGCCGGGACAACAACAUCCUGGACAGCCGGGACAACCUGCUCAAGCUCAGCAGCCCGGCCAACCGGGGCAACCGGGGCAGCCUGGGCAGCAGCAGCAACCCCAGAGGCCACCCCCGAUGCCGGUUCCCGACAUUCAGUUCCCGCCUAGCUUUGAUGGGAUCAAGUUCCCACAAACAGCGGUUGCAUAUAUCAAACGUCAGUUUCCGUCGAUUGAUAUUCCGGUCAAUAAUCUUGCAGAUUGGGGUGCGUUCAAGGCAUGGGCGAAACAGGUUAAUCCAGAUUUGGCGACUAGGGUUCGGUCAUUGCAUUUCCUGCAUGUUCAAGAAAUGUCAAAGAAGUUUGUUGGACCGAUGCAAGCUCACUAUCAGGAGUUUGCUACUCGGGUUAAUACUCUACGACAAGCUCAUCUUCAACAAGCUCAGGCGGCUGCCGCACAACAGCAGCAGCAGCAACAGCAGCAAGUGAAUAUGUCACCACCUAAACCACCGGCUAAACCGACGGCUGCGCCCACACCAAAGAUGGCACAGCAGUCGAUUGAAGGUGGGAGGGUGACGCCGAAUACUGCUCAGCAACAACAGCAGCAGCAACAACAACAGCAGCAGCAGCAGCAGCAGCAGGCCGCUAAUUCAAGGGGCCUUAAGAGAUCCGCUCAGGCUGAUGAAGCCGCUCCUACGGCAGCUUCUAAUGCCGCCCAGCAGCAGGCCCAGCAGCAGGCUCAACAGCAGGCUCAACAGCAAGCCCAACAGCAGGCCCAGCAACAAGCCCAGCAACAAGCCCAGCAGCAAGCCCAGCAGCAACAGCAGCAGGCGGCCCAGCAACAGCAGCAGGGACAACAGGGACAGCCGCCUGGAAAGCCCGGUGAUUGGCAGACGUUCUUGCAAAGGCUAAUGGUUAUGCCGCCGGAUAUGCAAGCUCAACUCAUCAAUCAGCCAAGAAUGGCACAACUUCCUCCCGAGAGAAAGAUGGACAUUCACAAGGUGAUCGCUAUGAGUAGGGCGAAGCUCGCUCAACAGGCUCAAGCUGGAAGACCAAAUGCUAUCCAGCCCCCGGCCCCGGCUGCUGCUCAACCACCAACCCAGGCCCAAAAUCAAAAUCAAAACCAGAAUCAAAAUCAGGCUAAGCAACCUGAACCUGCCCCAGCAAGGCCACCUACGGCCCAAGGGGUUCAACAGAAGGCUCCGGCAGCACCACAGGCUGUUGCUCCAACUGCAGCAGGCCCUCAAGGCGCCCCCGCGGCUCAGAUGGAUCCUACAAAGCAGCUCUUGAAGAACAAGGAACAAGUUCAUUUGAUCCGACAAGAAGAAACCCAAAAGGCAUUGGCACGGCCGAUUAUUCAGAUGAGCGAGGAGGUGAAAGCAGUGACUAGGCAAGCUGUUAAAGAGGUAUCAUUGACUCUCGUCAGGAUGGAGCAGUGGAUCCCGAUGUUCUUGAUGCUCUUACCCUCUGAACGUAUCGUGAGAGAGCUCUUCCAAACGAGAGCCGUAGUGGCUACUCAGUUUGAAGAUACCCAUUUCCAGACACCGAAGGAGAACUUUACCAUUACACCUGAUGAGCUCGACGCUGCCAAGUCACAGAUUCUUCGAUACUUCAAUUACGUGAAGGCUCAAGUGCCCAAGUUGAACGAGCAACGUAUGAAGCAGGGUCAACCCCCAAUCCCCAUGGGAGCCGUCCAACAACAACAACUUCAGCAACAAAAGCAGUUCCAGCAAGCACAGAACUUGCACGUUCAACCACCUGCUGCUAAAGCUCCUGUCCCUAACCUCACUCAAACUGAUCUCUCGGCUCAAUCUCUGCAACAACAGCAGCAGCAGCAGCAGCAACAGCAACAGCAGCAACAAAAGCUCCCCGUUCAGAAUCUUCAGCAACCAACCAACAUCCCUCAUUCCGCUGCUGCUCACAAGGUUGCAGCUCCUCCUGCUCCUACAGCUCCCCUACCCCCCGCCGCGCCUUUCAACCUCGGCCAGAUUCCUCCUAGAAAGAAAGCUAAGCAGGGCUCCGAGUCUCCUUCGUUUCCCAAAUCAGCACAACCUGACCCGAAGGCCCAGUCUCAAGCCAUGGCUCAGGCGGCAGGACAGAAAGGUGUUCCAGGGAAAGGUACCCUGCCAGCUCAAUACACCCACCUUUGUAUUGUCAAAGCCUGCGAAUACCAUACCAAAGGUUUCCAAAACCAGCAAGACCUCCUUCGCCAUCUUAAAGAAGAUCACAAGGAUGCCGUUGCUGGGCAUAUGAAGCAACCACAAAGUGAACCUCCAAAAGUUCUGACCCCACAAGACCUCCAAGCUCUUAGAGAGAAACAGGAGCGUAUGAUCGAGGAGAGGAACAGGACGAUCACUAACCCACUCGAGUACACGCUCGGGAGUGUUGCUGAAGCCUUGGGUUUGGCCAGAGAUGGAACAAGGAAGGCUAAGGAGGAUAAGCAGGAAGAGGUCAAAGAUAAGGAAGCUGCUGCUGCCACCGCUAAAGCUCCUACCCCUAGGACCUCAACGCCACUCACCAAGACUCCUUCCAAGGCUGCUCCGACCCCAUCUGGUAUCCAGUCUUCUCCACCUCGCCCUGUGGAGGUUAAGGAAGAGAGGCCAACCAGCCAGCCAACUCCACCAUUCAGCGGCUGGGACGACUCCAUGAUCAGUCCAACAGUCAUCCAACAAGCCUUCGAAGGACUCAAUGAGAUCACAGACCUUGUCAUCGACCAAAUCGACAUCAGUAUGAUCCUGACUCCCGAUGACGGUGACGACUUGGAUGAGUCCGGCGAGAAGCUUCCUGGCACUCCACCAUUUGGCACCGCAGGUAUCCCCGAAGCUAGAAACGGUGGGGACGCGUUGGCCAUGAGUGAGGAAGAGAUGAAGGACUUUGAAUCUUGGAAUCCAUUUGGUAUUCGCAACUCUGGGCCUCGUGGGUUGGUCGAAGAUAUCGACUGGGAGUUGGUUGAUGCGCCUGGAACUACUAGUGGGAGUAGCACUCUCAGCGGCUGGGACAACAGUUUCUUUGAGAUACGAUCUUAA